AUGGCUCACCACAGCUCUACGUAUCUCUCGCUGUCCAUGAUUGCGGUUCCUGCUCUCCUCGUCGUCCUUCGUUUGCUCGCCUCAUUUCCAUUACCACCAGAGCCCGUGGCGGUUUACCCAUCCUUGGCAUCUUUACCUAAGGACUCGCACUCUUGGCUCAUCUAUCCCGAAAAUUUCUAUGAGGGUGGCAACUACGUCAAUUUUCCUUUCGGACGGGUCAGAUAUUGGCUACUUGGCCCAGAAGAGGGCCAGAAGAUUGUCUUAAUACACGGACUCUCCGUACCUUCAAUUAUUUGGAAGGACGUUGCACCCACACUCGCUGCGAAGGGCUUUCGGAUUCUUAUUUAUGAUUUGUACGGCCGUGGUUACUCCGAUGCUCCAUAUCUGCCCUACUCUGCUGGGUUAUAUACAACACAGCUCGCUUUAUUAAUGCAACACGUUCGAUGGGAACGAGCACAUAUCGUCGGGCUAUCGAUGGGAGGAGGCAUCGCAAGCUCCUUCGCUGCUAAUUUUCCCAACUUGACAACUAGCAAAAUUGCGCUCAUCGCAGCAACCGGAUUAAUGGAGAGUUCAGAUCUGUCGCGUACAAGCAGAGUCAUGUCAUCACCUCCUGUUCAAUACGUUGCGUCAACGUCCGUCGUCCGCUUUCUUCUGCAAAGAUUAGGAGCUGGCGAACCAUCCUCAAAUCCGAUACACGAGAUCGUUCAGAUUCAGUCCGCAUAUCUACCCGGAUACAAUUAUGCAAUUGCAUCCUCGCUACGUGACGGCCCUCUGCGCGGGCUACGUUCGUCAUUCAGCACGCUCACUGACCUCAAAAAGGACCUUCUCUUGAUUUGGGGGACGUCCGACAACACUGUGCCAUAUCGUUACACUGCGAUGAUCCAAGAGCUUGUUCCUAACUCCAAACUCCUCACUGUUGAAGGUGGUCAUCAUGAUCUAACGCUGUCUCAUCCUAAACUUGUCACAGAGGCGCUCGUUGACUUCUUCCGCUCUAAAAAAUAA